ACACUGACAGAUAUCAAGUAAAGUAAAACAGUCGGUUGAAAAACAAUUGCAGAUCUUUUUGAACACUAAAAUAAUUUAUUCUGAACCCGUGUAUCAUUUCAAUAAGAACUAAAAAACCGCCUUACGUUCUAGUUUUAUUAUAUUAUAUAUUUUAGCCAGUAUUUUUAUUAUUUAAACAAUGUCAGCUGUGAGAUUUAUGUUAGGUUCCUCAUCUUUAUUAUCAAAGAGGUUAUUCACGCUUCCAUUAAGUAACGCAAAAUACAUUUCUGCUUGCAAUAUUAAGGCAGCGCACCUAAAGGGGGCAAUUGGAAUAAAUUAUGCAAACUAUAGUACUGUCACUGAGCAAAAACCAGAGCAAAAGCAGCAGAAAGAAACUGUAAAAGGUCCUACUGAGAAAAGAGAGUUUCAAGCUGAAACUCGUAUGUUAUUAGACAUUGUUGCAAGAUCACUGUACUCAGACAAAGAAGUUUUUAUCAGAGAGUUAAUUUCAAAUGCAAGUGAUGCAUUGGAAAAGUUCCGUUACUUAACUGUGAGUUCUGGCGCUGAGAAUGAAAAACUUGCAGAAACUGAUAGGCCACUAGAAAUUCGAUUAUCAACUGACAAGCAGAACAGGACAAUUACUAUUCAGGAUUCUGGCAUUGGCAUGACAAAAGAUGAGCUUACACAGAACUUGGGAACUAUAGCUCGUUCAGGCUCCAAAUCCUUUAUAGAGGAAAUCAAAAAGAAGGGUGCUGACGAGGCCAAUUCUAUAAUAGGACAGUUUGGUGUUGGUUUCUAUUCAGCCUUCAUGGUGGCUGAUAGAAUUGAAGUCUACACAAGAAGCAGCAAGAUUGACUCACAAGGUUACAAAUGGACAUCAGACGGCUCUGGCAUGUAUGAAAUACAAGAAGCCGAUGGAGUGCCAAUUGGUACAAAAAUAAUAGUACACUUAAAAACUGACUGCCGAGAAUUUGCUGAUGAUGACACAGUGCAAAACAUAAUAAAGAAAUACAGCAACUUUGUGAGCAGUCCUAUAUUUUUAAAUGAAACACAAGUUAACUCUAUUAAGCCUCUUUGGUUGAUGGAACCAAAAGAAGUAACAAUGGAACAACACAUAGAGUUCUAUAAAUAUAUCAGCCAGGCUUAUGACAAACCCAGAUUUACACUUCACUACAAAACUGAUGCUCCCCUCAGCAUCAGAUCCAUAUUAUAUGUGCCGGAAGGCAAACCUGGUCUCUUUGAACUAUCGCGAGAUACCGACGUUGGAGUUGCCCUGUACUCAAGAAAGAUAUUGAUCAAGAGCAAGGCUGAAAACAUUUUGCCUAAAUGGUUGAGAUUUGUUAAAGGUGUUGUGGAUUCCGAAGAUAUUCCAUUGAAUCUUAGUAGGGAGCUAUUGCAGAACAGUGCACUCAUAUUGAAACUGAAAACUGUACUCACAAACCGCUUCCUUAAAUUUAUGAUUGAUAUGUCUAAUAAAGAUACUGUGGGUUAUGAAGCCUUCUAUAAAGAAUACUCUAUAUUCCUUAAAGAAGGCAUUGUUACUAGUCAAAGCCCAAUUGAAAAAGAAGAAAUAGCCAAACUGCUCCGCUUUGAAUCCUCUAAACUCCCGAGCGGGCAAAGGACAUCACUGUCUGAGUAUAUUUCCCGUCAAAAGGAAGAUCAGAAGACAGUUUACUAUCUGGCCGCUCCUAGCCGUGCCCUAGCUGAAACCUCACCAUACUACGAGUCUCUCAAGAAACGCGACGUCGAAGUAUUGUUCUGCUAUGAAAUGUAUGAUGAGCUGGUGCUGCUUGAACUCAAAGAGUUUAACAACAGGACUCUGGUCUCCAUAGAGAAUGAUAUGCAGUCAGAUUCUAAGGAUGCAGCUGAUAAUAUUAUUGGUGGAGAUGCACUACAACAAACUCAAGUAGAUGAAAUCAUUACAUUCCUGAAAUCUCAUUUAGCUGGCAAAAUAUUUGAGGUUAAAACAACUAAGAAGUUGGACACUCAUCCAUGUGUCAUCACGGUACAAGAAAUGGCGGCAGCGCGACACUUCGUUCGUACUCAGGCUCAAAAUCUUUCGGAAGAAAACAGAUUUGCUCUUCUCAGACCGCAUCUAGAAAUUAAUCCAAAGCACCCUAUCAUCAAGAAGCUUCACAAACUGCUUUCCUCUGAUAAACUAUUGGCUGACAUGGUAGCAGAGCAACUAUUUGCCAAUGCUAUGGUUACUGCUGGACUCAUAUUGGAUCCUAGGAGCCUUAUUGUACACAUUAACGAUCUCCUAGUUAAAGCUUUAGAUAAACAUUAGACUUAUUUUAAUUUGAGAAUUAUAAAAAUAAAAUGAAUUUUAUUGUUUCAGUUUAAA